AACAUGUAUAGUUAUAAUAUGCCUUGGGUCUCGGAGUAGUCCAGGUCUCUCAGGCCCUACGGGAUGAGGCCAGAGUGACCCACUUGGGAGGUCCUCUGGUCUCUGACUCUUCCAGCACAUCCUCUGCUCAGUAUCACUCCCUUCAGGAAUUCUCCCCACCCAGGUUUAUAGAAGGGUCGGUACCUUCUGUUCCUCCAUCCCCGCUAGCCUCAGUGUACACUGUAAGACCUAUUCCUGCUUUAUGCCCAGGUAAGGGCCACCCAGGCUGCCCCCACAUGACAGAGGCCCAGGCCAUGCCCCCAGUGGCCUCCAGGGGGCGCCGCCGGGAAGCCUGUCAUUGGGCUCCUGGGAGCUCAGCGGAGGGGGGCAGGCGCCGGCCCCCCAAGCCCUCAGGUUCGGCUGGCCUGCUCUACAUAGCCUGCGCACCCAGGCUGGGUAGGACUCAGAACUGCCCCUUGCCAUACAAGUGUUGUGUCGCUCGCCGCUGCCUCAUUUCUACUCCUGCCCGAGGUCGGACGCUAAAUUCUGUCAGGCCCAGUGUCCACGUGUCCGUUUAUCUGUUCGUUUGCGUGUGACCGUGGAUCGGCACGCCCUGCUCCAGCUGCGGCAUGUGCAGGGUUAAGGCGGGCGGAGGUUUCUCUGAGUCGCAGGGGGAGGGGGGCGAGGGGCGGACCUGGCCCAGCCCCGCCCCGCGCCGGAGCAGUGGAAGAGCCCCACCAGAGCCCGACUUCAGCCCCAGCCAGAUCCGGCGUCAGCGGAGGCCGAACGGCGGACCCCUUGCCCUAGCUGCGUCGGAGCACCGGCGGGUGAAGGCAAGGUCCCUGGACUGGUCAUAUACCUCUUGUGGCCCUGGCAGAAUCAAGAUGAGGCCCUGUCAUGCCUCCCUAGUGAGGCCUACAGUCUGAGCAGACAGCAUGGCCUGCCAUUGGCAGUGAACACCAUGUCUGCAGGAGGUGGCCGGGCCUUUGCUUGGCAAGUGUUCCCCCCCAUGCCCACUUGCCGGGUCUAUAGCACAGUGGCACACCAAGAUGGGCAGCUGCUGGUGUUAGGGGGUUGUGGCCGGGCUGGACUGCCCUUGGACACUGCUGAGACACUGGACAUGGCCUCGCACACAUGGCUGGCACUGGCACCCCUGCCCACUGCCCGGGCUGGAGCAGCUGCGGUAGUUCUGGGCAAGCAGGUGCUAGUGGUGGGUGGUGUGGAUGAGGUCCAGAGCCCAGUAGCUGCUGUAGAGGCCUUCCUGAUGGAUGAGGGCCGCUGGGAGCGUCGGGCCACCCUGCCUCAAGCAGCCAUGGGGGUUGCAACUGUGGAGAGAGAUGGUAUGGUGUAUGCUCUAGGGGGAAUGGGCCCUGACACGGCCCCCCAGGCCCAGGUAUGUGUGUAUGAGCCCCGUCGGGACUGCUGGCUUUCGCUACCCUCCAUGCCCACACCCUGCUAUGGGGCCUCCACCUUCCUGCAUGGGAACAAGAUCUAUGUCCUGGGGGGCCGCCAGGGCAAGCUCCCGGUGACUGCUUUUGAAGCCUUUGAUCUGGAGGCCCGUACAUGGACCCGGCAUCCAAGCCUACCCAGCCGUCGGGCCUUUGCUGGCUGUGCCAUGGCUGAAGGCAGCGUCUUUAGCCUGGGUGGCCUGCAGCAGCCUGGGCCCCACAACUUCUACUCUCGCCCACACUUUGUCAACACUGUGGAGAUGUUUGACCUGGAGCAUGGGUCCUGGACCAAACUGCCCCGCAGCCUGCGCAUGAGGGAUAAGAGGGCAGACUUUGUGGUUGGGUCCCUUGGGGGCCACAUUGUGGCCAUUGGGGGCCUUGGAAACCAGCCAUGUCCUUUGGGCUCUGUGGAGAGCUUUAGCCUUGCAAGGAGGCGCUGGGAGGUAUUGCCAGCCAUGCCCACUGCCCGCUGCUCCUGCUCUAGUCUGCAGGCUGGGCCCCGGCUGUUUGUUAUUGGGGGUGUGGCCCAGGGCCCCAGUCAAGCCGUGGAGGCACUAUGUCUGCGUGAUGGGGUCUGAAGGCCUGGUGGGAGCUGUCCACUGGAGCAGCUCAUUGCCAGAGGCAGCUAUUUCUAUGGCUCCUUUCGCUGCUGAGGACACUCACUGUGGCUCUGUGGGAUGAGAGAGGCACAAGGGUGAGCACUUCAGACACUGCCUUGGGGCCUUGGGUUAGGGGAGCCUUUGCCUUUAGUGCAGGACACACAUAUGCUUACACCUACCUUUAUCACCAUUCGUUCAUGAAUCAUGCCUAGCUCCAUCCUUGCCCUGGGACCUACUAGGCCUUCCAUCCAACUGGGAAAUGGGGAGAAGGAAAGCUGGCCUCAUGUUCUUCAGGGUCAGUUCCUAUCUGGAGUUGACCAGGCCCACCCCAGUUGCCAUUCCUGAAAAAUCCCAGCUGCCAGGCUGCCUUUAGGGUCCCUGUAGACCCAGAAGAGUUGAGAGGGUGGGGGACACAGAGAGAAUAGAGAGGAUGUGGGACCUGCCAGAGGGCCAGAGCGCAGGAGUUCAAGCAGAGGAAUGCUGGCUUUGGGCCCUCUACACUGCUGGUUGUAUGACCUUGGACAAGUCACUUCACCUCUCUGUGCCUCAGCAUCCUCAUCUAUAAAUGGGGAUCUCUGAAACCUUCCUACCCUACCUACCUCACAGGGCUGUUGUGAGGACCCAGGGAGUUUGGAUGUGGAAGUAAAAGUGCUGCUAAAACCUA